AUGCCUCCAUCCAAAGCUGCCGAGCCUUCUGCAAAGCGGCGUCGAACUGACGCACAGCUGGCACAGAAACGGCAAGCGGAUAGGGUCAAACACAGAUCGAACCGUGCCGAGAGCAAAAUGCGGUUGGAAAGCAUUGAGAGAGACGUAUCGUUUCUUCGGGAUACCAUAAGUGAACUUCUGGUUCAGAUACGGCAGCCCCAGCCUGCGCUUGCCGAGGCUGCGGCAUCCAGUGUUGGCCAAUUUUCUCAUCAAUAUUCACAUCACGAGCAACUGCAGUCCAGCCCAUCGGAGAAUAACGCGCCUGUCUCUUUCAUCAGUACUUGGCUGGAGCAUGCAGGGAGCCAUCAAUACAGUACCACGGCUGCGCCAGCGCCGGACAACACUUUUGUCACGCCUCAAAAAAGUCCUUCCAUUUCCUCAUCACCUUGCUCACAGCAAACGACACUAGUCGAUUGCCGAUGUGGCUUGCAGCAUGGCCAUCAGUCAGAAUGCCUGGAACUGAAAAGCUUUACUGUCUUGUAUGAGUCUCACAAGGCUCUAUCACAGAGCCCGUUGCUUGCAUUGUCCAUUGCGCGCAACCCAACCUUGCCCAACAUGCUCCUACACUCGACCAACGACAGCCCUCUCACCAUGUUGAUUGGCACAACGUUGAGACAGUUCCAAGCUCGAAAUGUGGAAACUCUCUGUGGCUUAUACUUGUUGGUCUACCGACUGUUGCGGUGGCGCAUGUAUCCAAAUCCGGAUUGGUAUCAGGACGUGCCUAUACUAAUGCGGCCAACUGAAGUGCAGAAUACACACUUGCAUCCUGUUUGCAUUGACUUCUUGCCGUGGCCUGCUUUACGAGACUAUCUAUGCCAGAACCAGAAUAAGGACUCGCGCCAUUCUGUCGACCUGUACAUACGGUCCAUCAAGCUGCACUGGCCGCUGGAGAAGCCGCUGCUUUGCACGGAUUCUGGUGGUGCGGUUGAGCUGCACCCAGACUUUGAAGCUACGGUUUGCGAUGCUCAGUCGUGGACAUUAGUUUCUCCUUGGGCCGAAGCUUUUGAGCACUUGAAGAUGCAUGUAAAUUAA